AUUGUGUGUUUUAAUACUAUAUAUGACGUGUUGUCCGUCAUUGCAAUCAUUUGUUUGUUUGUGUCAUUAAUAUCACUGUUUUUUUUGUAUUUAUUAUUUUAUUUAUUUGUGUGAAUCGUUUAAUUGUCGACACAUUUAUUAGGACUAUAUAUCAUAUAUUAUCUGUUAAAUUGUCUAACAAUUUAAUCAUCAGUUGUUUUGGGUGACGACGACAACAACAACAACAACAAUGACCACUAUCUGUACGAAAGGGUCGCCGAAAGUGGGCCGACAUCUUAGUUCGACCCGUAAUCACAUGAAUCUAGUGGACAGACUGCGUAAGUCAUUGUAUUACGGAAGUAUCAAAUGCGGAUCCAAAGAAUCGUCAAUGGAUUGUCCGUCGAUGCCGUUGACCGAAGUGACGGUUGAAUUGUUCGAGAAGACGGUAACAUCGGGUGCCAAAGGAUUGGAUGUGUUUGAUAUGAACUUUGUGUCGCACGUCUCGCGCGAGGCUUGUAUUACGCCGACGUCUAUAAUGUUGUCAAUGAUUUAUUUGGAACGAUUGAAGACCAGAAAUCCCGAAUAUUUGCGACGAGUGUCCACUUGUGAUCUGUUUCUCGUAUCGAUUAUGAUUGCUUCCAAGUUUCUCUUUGACGACGGCGAAGAAGAUGAAGUAUUUAACGACGAAUGGGCCAACUCUGCCGACAUUGAUGUCAAACAAUUGAAUCGCUUGGAACGCGAAUUCUUGAAAGCAAUCAAUUGGUCGCUAUAUGUGGACAACGAAACAUUUAUGAAACAGUUGGCCAAAGUUGAAGCACUCAUAUCACUGAAUCAAUCAAACAAACGGUGUGACAUCAAUGGUAUGACUUAUUCAGAACUGUUAGCACUGUUCGACUACUCCAUGACUCGUCGUAAAGAUGGUUCCGAUAUCUUGUGGCGCGAAGUGGUGUCCACUGUAACAAAACUAUUGGUCGUAUCGUGUGUGGCCUACUGGACGACCGUAUUUGCAUUGGUGGCCUCGACAGCCAUCAGCAGAGUAUCGCUGGACAAUACUCAGACUAAUGUCAAUCAAUCUCUUCUAAUUAAUGACUCACUACUCGCUUAUUAUCCGAAUGAUUUGUUUCGUCGAAAACUGUCCGAUAAUUUAAGGACAAACGAUUUGGUGUUUUCUUUGUGUGAUAAAACAAAUGCCAAAUUCGAUGUCCAUCUUUCAUACGAUAGACCCGAAGAUAUUUCUUACAGAACAUUGCGAUCCAAUAAUCAUAUCACUUCCAGAUCUAUUUCCGGUCAUGUAAUCAACUUAUGCGUGGAAUCGACACCGAAAACGAAACAUUCAUUCAAUAAUUAUCAUAAAUAUUGAUUCUCUCUCUCACACCAUAUGUUUUUGUUUACAGACUUUUAAAAAAGACCUGUCAUUCAUAUAUCAUCGACGACUAAGUUAUUAACCACAAAAAAAUUUAUUUGUUUAUUACCGUAAAUAACUUAUUUUUCAUGCAAAUUACCGUUAAAUUAAAUACAGUAUAUAUAUAUAUGUAUAAUUAGUAUUUGUGUUUUGUAUGUUUUUUCAAAAAAAAUUGACAUUUAUAAAUUUGAAAAGUAUAUAUAUAAAUAAUUGUGUAAACUAUUUAAAUUAAAUUAUACAUUCAGUUUUUUUUUAAAUUAA